GUCAAAUGUCAGUGGACGAGUGCUUUUUUAUUCAGUGAUUUUUUUUCUAGUUUUCUCACAAAUUAAUAACAGAAAUUAUAAAAUUCUAAAAACUCAAUUGAAACAGCUUCUUUGGAUAUUGCGUUAAUGAAAAAGUAACACAUCGCAUAAGAGAAAAUAUAUAUUAGCUGAAGAAAAAGCGAUAUUGCUGAAGAGGAAGUAGCUCCACCAGCUGGACAGUACUAUUAGAGGCGCCCAAAAACAGCCCAUCUCGGGUUGAUCAAAGUGCCACAAAAGAAAAUUUGGACAACACGCAACCUAUACGGUUGUUGUAGUAUCACCCAUUUCAACCAAAGAUGUCGAAUAUGUCGGUGGGACAAAUAAUUAUGGACGCCCAGCGUAUUGCUAGUCGCGUAAAAGAUUUAGAACUGUUGGGUAAUGCUUUGCUGGUAGAAGCAGAAGGCAACAAUCGCUUGGUCGAAAGUUUGCGACAAUUUCAAGAUGAUAUGGAUUCGUUAAACCGAAUUUCCAACAACAAAUCGAAUUCUGAAAUGGUGAAUCGUAUACAACAGCAAAAUGCUACCAGUUCAGAAAUAUUGAAAGAAAAUCGAGAGCUAAAAAUAUGCAUUGAAGAUUAUGAACGCACCAUGGAGUUCAUAAUGCAAAAAUAUCGCGAACAUACAACCAGCAAAAUACUCGAAAGCAAAAUUAACUUCAAAGAAGUAUAUAAUGAGGAACUGUGGAUAAUCAUACGUGAACAGCGCGCCAAAAUCAGGGAAAUGGCCGUUGUAAUGCAGCGUGCAGCUUCUGUGGAUGAUGACGCUGUCCACCGGGAUAUGGAAACCAUGUCUCGACUGCGAAAAGAGAAUCAAAUUUUGCGUGAACUACUGCAGAUUUCCAAACAAUUUGGUUCUGCCAGUCAACCAAUUCGAAUCAAUGAGCAUAUGUUGGAAGAAAAGGGAAUUCAAACAGAUGGUGCGGACGAUUCGGCUGAUGAGUUAUCUCUAUCGGGUGCAUCUAUGGAAAAUGCCAAUAACAACUCAGUAAUUUCGCUAGUACCGAACGCAGUUGCUGUAUCCAAUGCCAUUAGUAGUUCUUCACCCAGUAGCGACAAUAUUAACAUUGCCGAUAACAUAAAUGCGUGCAAGGCAGCCACCUCACCAACUAUUGGCGAAAACAAUAACGGACCUUCGCCAGCUGAUGAGUCAGUGACGAUUUCCAUUAUUCCUCCGAUAAAACAUUCAGAUUUAAUAGCGACAACAGUCAGCGCAGAAAACGCUAAUGCGGUUGACACUGUUGCCAAAGCUUCUUUGGCAAGCGUCAAUUCAACAUUGACGGGGAGUGAAUCUAGGGCGACACCAUCAGCAAACACAUCUGGGCCGGCGGUAGAGGUACAAAAAGCUGCAACAUGAUAGGCCGCAAGCUCUAGGCGAUUGCAUCGAUGUCGCCUGUCUUUGGGUUUUCAGAGUGAACAGUUAUACUUUAUUUCUACAUUUUCUUUUGUUCACAUAAUACAUUUAAUUCUAAAAUUUAUUUCUUAAUAUGAAAUUAUAAACAUAAGCAUUCACUACCACUAACUUAUUUAAUGAUCAUUACUACAACAACACAAGUAACAAGAAGUAAAAUUGUAUUUAGCACUUGAAAUUGUUACUAAUUUAAAAUCAAGAUCAAUAACACAUGUGAGUUGCAUAUGUCCUUUGGACUGUUGCGGCGUGCACCUUUAUUCAUAUAAAUAAAUAUACAUACAUACAAAUAUUUAAACUUAAAUAAAUUAAAAUGUACAAUAUUUAUGGUCCUUGGUUUGUUAGUGGAAUGAGUGUGAGUUAAUUAUUAAAAUUGAUUAGUUGGAAAAUUGGGAUUUUUUGAGAAUUGAGACUACCACUAAAAUAUUUUGCGCCAAUUCGUUAAAAUUAGCUUUAGAAAAGGAGUUUUCACUUGCAACUAGUAAUUUUUAAGCAAAAAACAAAACCGACUUCAAUUCUCAUAAAAAAAAAUUAAGAUUAUCGUUACCCAAUAAACAUUGGGCUCGGUUAAUAAUUCUUUUCUCAGCCUCACCUUCGAUAACUAAUGUGGAAUAGAUUAGUAUUCGAUUCGAGAACAAGGCCAUUCUCCAGUAAAACGGAACCUUCGUUAUCCAACGUAUUAAAAUUUAAUUAGGGAUAGUGAUUGUCUUAUAUUUCUCUUCGAAAAUGAGCUAGAUUUCACUUCCUCUCUUGUUUCUAUGGUUUUUAUUUUUUUUUCGAAACCAUCUCAAGCAUAUUUCCAAUACACUAUGAACGUUGGAAAACUAAGAUGGGCUAUGAGUUCGUUCUCAGUUUGAUAUGCACAUUGG